AUGGCCUCUGUCGCAAAGGGUAGGACCUCGCGCCGGUCUGCCCCUCGCCGGAGUUAUGUCAUCGAAACUUCCGAAUCGGAAGACUCCGGAAAUGUAACACCAACACCAGAACCUCAGGAUGAGGACGAAGAGGAGGAGCAGGAAUACACACCGGUCCCCAAGAAAGCGAAGCGCGCAUCCAGCCAGAGAAUGACGCUUGAUCCCGUGACACCUGCGACCGUGCGCGCAACCAGCAAAACCCAAGCGACGACACAAGACGAUUCCGAUGCGAUGGAUACAGAUGCCGAUGCCGAUUCGGUGGACGCUGAUGCGAUGGAUGUCGACGAACCAGAGGAAAACGAUGAUGAAAGUGACGCCAAUGAUGAGAACGAUGAGAACGACGAAGGUGCUAGUAUUGCGGCCAUGGAAGCCGAUCCAGAAUCGCCUUCCAACAAAGCGGCAUUGAAAAGAAAAAGUAUGGUCCAAUCCCGCAAGAGCGGUGGCUCAAUCACACCCAAAUCAGCAAAGGGCUCACUCCCAACUCCAGAGCCGUCCCAAUCACCCGAACUCCAGGCGCAGGCACAACGAGCCAGCGUACCACCUUUAACCGAUAUCACCGAAUCCGCUGUCAACAAGAGCGAGUCGCCAUCAAAGCCGCCAGGAGACGCCCCAUCUCAGAUCAACAUUAUCAACCCCAACUCAACCGUGCUGGAGAGGCCUAUGGAUAUUGUGGCGAAGUCGAGAACCCAGGCCCCCCAAGCACCUGAGGAGCCCGAGGGGCCUAAACCCCGCAUGAUCAUUGAGAACCUUAUUUUGACAAACUUCAAGAGUUACGCGGGCCAACAGAUCGUCGGACCGUUCCACGCUUCGUUUUCGUCUGUUGUCGGACCCAAUGGCUCUGGAAAGUCCAAUGUCAUUGACUCUCUGCUCUUUGUGUUCGGUUUCCGUGCCAGCAAGAUGCGACAGGGCAAGAUUUCUGCGCUGAUCCAUAACUCUGCCCAGUACCCCAACCUUGCUUACUGUGAAGUGGAAGUCCAUUUCUCACAGGUUAUCGAUUUGCCAGAAGGGGGACAGGAAGUAGUCCCAGAUUCCCAACUUAUUGUUUCCCGACGAGCGUUCAAGAACAACACCAGCAAAUACUACAUGAACAAAAAGGAAACAAAUUUCACCGCCGUGACGACCUUCCUUCGGGAUCGCGGUAUCGAUCUCGACCACAAGCGUUUCCUGAUCUUGCAGGGCGAGGUUGAGUCAAUCGCUCAGAUGAAACCCAAAGCCGCAAACGAGCACGACGAAGGCCUGCUAGAAUACUUGGAAGAUAUCAUCGGAACCUCCAAGUACAAGACCCCGAUCGACGAAGCUGCCACGGAGCUUGAAACACUGAACGAUGUUUGUGUGGAGAAGAACAACCGUGUCCAGCACGUGGAGAAAGAGAAGACUGCUCUGGUGGACAAGAAAGAUAAGGCCUUGGCGUACAUCCGUGAGGAAAACGAACUGGCCCAAAAACAAUCAGCGCUCUAUCAAAUCUACAUUGAUGAGUGUUCUGACAACGUUCGUGUCACCGAAGAGGCGAUUCUCCAAAUGCAAGAACUACUCAACAUGGAACUCGAGAAACACGAGGGAAAUGAGUCCGGCAUCAAAGAACUCGAGAAGGCGUACAAAAAGGGCAUGCGCCACUAUGAGUCUAUGGAGAAGGAUACCCAAAGCUUGCUCAAGGAAAUGGCCAAAUACGACAAGGAAUCCGUGAAAUUCGAGGAAAAGAAGAAGUUCUUGCUCGGCAAACAGAAGAAACUCGAGAAAGCCAUGCAGACAAGCCGCCUUGCCGCCUCCGAGUGUCAAAGCUUGGUUGAGAAAUUCACUUCUGAUAUUGAGAGGAAGACCGCCGAGACCACCCAGCUCGAGGAUGAGAUGGUGACCGAAGAGAAGGAACUCAACUCGAUCCGCGAGGGCCUCAAGGGCAAGACUCAGGGUCUUUCCGAUGAGAUUGCCGCCAAACAGAAGUCACUGGAGCCAUGGAACGCGAAGAUCAACGAGAAACAGUCCGCUGUUGCCGUUGCCCAGAGUGAGCUUGAUAUUCUACGGGAGCGUGGAAACGCUGGCGCAGUUCUGCUUGAGGAGGCCCAAGGAAAGAUUGUCACCAUCGAAGAAAGUUUGCAGUCCAAGGAAGGUGAGCUCGAAGAGCGACAGUCUCAGAAAGAGACCUUGGAAGCCGAAGUUCACAAGCUUCAACAUGACCUCAAGAAGUACGCGUCGCGUGAACCUGAGGUUCGAUCCCACGUCUCCAGCGCCCGACAGAAAGCAGACGAGGCUCGAGUCAGCUUGGCAAGCACCCAGAAUCGUGGAAGCGUUCUGACUGGAUUGAUGCGUCUCAAAGAGUCUGGUCGUAUCGAUGGCUUCCACGGCCGCCUCGGCAAUUUGGGUACGAUCGAUGAGCAAUACGACGUCGCUAUCUCUACAGCCUGCCCUGCUCUUGACAACAUGGUUGUCGAAACUGUGGAGGUCGGCCAGCAGUGUAUUGAUUACUUGCGUAAGAACAACCUUGGACGCGCAAACUUCAUUCUUCUUGAUCGCCUCCCUCGUCGAGACAUGUCCACUAUUUACACUCCUGAGAGUGUUCCGCGUCUGUUCGAUCUGGUCAAGCCAAAAGACCCCAAAUUUGCACCGGCUUUCUACAGCGUGAUGCAAAACACACUAGUUGCCAGAGAUUUGGAGCAGGCAAAUCGUAUUGCCUAUGGCGCUAGGCGGUGGCGAGUGGUCACUCAGGACGGCCAGUUGAUCGAUGUUUCGGGUACCAUGAGUGGUGGUGGUACUCGAGUUGCUCGUGGUGGCAUGUCAUCGAAGCAAGUCGCCGAUACUACCAAAGAGCAGGUAUCCCGCUUGGAAUCAGACCUCGAGGAUCUUGAAAGGAAAUUCCAGGCCUUCCAGGAAAAGCAGCGUCACGUGGAAGCUCAGAUGAAGGAAAGAUCCGAGGAAAUUCCACGCGUUGAGACCAAGAUCCAGAAGAUCCUGAUUGAGAUCGAUAGCACAAAGCGCAGUCUGGUUGAUGCUCAGCGACGUGUGAAGGAAUUGGGUGCGCAACACAAACCCUCCGACUCUGAUGAAGGCCAAAUCGCUGCGCUCGAGAAGCAAAUCAGCAAGGCCCAGAGAGAGAUCGAGAAGCUCAACGACGAGAAGAGCGGCAUCGAGGAGGAGAUCCAGACCCUCCAGAGCAAGAUCAUGGAAGUUGGUGGUGUUCGACUUCGUGGCCAGAAGGCUAAAGUCGAUGGUCUUAAGGAGCAGAUUGGUCUGCUUGCCGACGAAAUUUCCAACGCCGAAGGCCAGCAGUCCAAGAACGAGAAGCUCAUCAAGAAACACUCCAAGGCUCGCGAUGUCUCCGAGAGUGAGAUCGGGCAAAUUACCGACGAGCUGGAGAAGCUUGAAGAGGAUGUUGCCAACCAAACUAGUGAAUCUUCUGGUUGGAGACAAAAGGCCGAUGAAGCUCAAGAAGCACUGGAAUCGCAGAGAGCCGAGCUCGCUACGAUGAAGGAAGAGCUAGACGCAAAGGUGGCUGAGCUCAACGAAACACGUGCCACUGAGAUUGAGAUGCGCAACAAGCUGGAGGAAAACCAGAAGGCUUUGUCCGAGAACCAGAAGCGAAGCCGCUACUGGGAGGAGAAGCUCUCGAAGUUGACUAUUCAAAAUAUCAGUGACAUUGGAGAAGAGCAAGAGCCCACCGAACUCCAAAUGUACACCAAGGACGAGCUGGAUGCCAUGAACAAGGAGUCCCUCAAGGCGGUUAUUGUGACAUUGGAGGAGAAGGUCCAGAAUGCCUCUGUCGACCUCUCCGUCAUCGAGGAAUACCGCCGCCGAGCCGCCGAGCACGAGUCUCGCUCGGCGGAUUUGAAUACCGCUUUGGCAUCGCGAGAUGGCGCCAAGGCUCGCUUGGAUGGACUUCGUUCUUCCCGCUUGAACGGCUUCAUGGAAGGAUUUGGAAUCAUCUCCUUGCGCCUCAAGGAGAUGUACCAGAUGAUUACCAUGGGUGGUAACGCCGAGCUAGAGUUGGUUGAUUCAUUGGACCCCUUCUCCGAGGGUAUCUUGUUCUCGGUCAUGCCGCCUAAGAAGAGUUGGAAGAACAUUGGUAACUUGUCCGGUGGAGAAAAGACUCUAUCCAGUUUGGCGCUGGUCUUCGCUCUGCAUCACUACAAGCCCACGCCACUUUAUGUCAUGGACGAGAUUGAUGCUGCCUUGGAUUUCCGUAAUGUGUCCAUUGUUGCCUCUUAUAUCAAGGAGCGUACCAAGAAUGCUCAAUUCGUUGUCAUCUCACUGCGAAACAACAUGUUCGAACUUGCCGCUCGACUUGUUGGUGUUUACAAGGUCAAUCACAUGACUAAGAGUGUGACGAUCGAGAACCGAGACUAUAUCACCGGUCGAUAA